ACCGCCCACCCGGCCCUUCUCUGCUGUUGCGAGUCAUUUUGGAACCACCCAUGGCACACUUUACAGGGCCAACAUGGGCUACAUAGACCGAAAUCACCCAUUGCCUCGUGGCAGAAGGGUCCCAUACGGGCAUCUUCCUGGCCGUCACCUUGAGUCUGGCGGGCGCUCCUAACAAGGGUUCUUCUCGGAGAAUUGUCAUUGUAGUCAUUGUAUGGCAUCGCAGCAAUCUGCUUGUUUAUUCCGGAUGCUCUUUCCAGUAUUCGUACGGGUACUCCGAGCGUACGGCACGGCUGACAUCCAUUCUAAUACGAACGCGUCGUCGAUCCAAGGAUAUACCAACGAAGUUGGCAGGACGUGGAGACAUGACGCCCGCAGCGUUAUUUGUCUUUCCUCAAGCAGGCCAGCCUGGUUCCGCCGGGCUUAUUAUUGCCGUUCUACGUGUAAACCGAAGCUCAACGGCGAUGUCUGCCCCAUACUCGAUGACAUGGUUUCUAUGGACGCUAGGGUGCUAAGAGAAUACGGGGGCAGGCUUUCACCAAUAUCACGGGGCCGCAUCGACUUGAAGCAGCCGGGCACGACCUCCGUGGUAGGCUCGCAUGUCGACAAGACACAGCUCACGAUAUGCACACUCCUCUACUCUGCAAGCUGCAGACUGAGUGCGUGAAAAUAUUCACUUCUAGGAGGGCUUCUUCAAUCGACUGUCACCUUUACGAUAGAGAUACUGCGGCCUUGCAAAGCCAUGACGAAAUUUUGUUUGUCCGUCAACGCCAGAUGGUCCAGGUCGCUGCCGAGCCAUUCAGGGCUCUCGGUUCCAUGCAGGGUGCACUAUGCAGUCUCGCCCCCAAUAGACCGA